AUGGAUAAUCGCAUAUUUUGCCUUUUAUGGCCGUUUUUCUUCGAGGACUUAGCCGGACGUUUGUCCUCCGAAGGACCUCAUUAUGCAUCCCACAGAAGCUGAGUCGGGUUCCCAUGUUGUUCGUCAGCAGGCAAGUUCAGGGAAAUUUUGUGCGAAGAGUUCUUGUGGUCUCUUCCCCCGCCAGGCACCCUCUUGGGUUAUCUACUUGCCGCAAGAACUCCAAGACAGAGUCAACAGCUCUGUCGGCCCCACUCCCAGCUUCGGAAUUACCUUCGAAUCUGUCCUGAAGGAGAAGGGCUCCUUUCAACUACGCCCUGGAGCUUGGUGGUCUCAACGAAUCUGGAGCAUGUCCAGAGAUAGCAAAGGCUGCCGGGAGGUCCAACGAGCCUUUGAUGAAGCUACUGACCAAGAGGAGCGCUUGGCCAUGGCACUGGAGCUUCGAGGGCAUGUAUGGGAGGCCUUGCGUUGCCCCUUUGCGAAUUAUGUUCUCCAGAAGUGCGUGACGGUACUCUCACGGGAGAACAUGAACUUCAUUUUCCAGGAACUGAAGCAGAAAGGUCCUGAGAUGAUCCAGCAAGCCGCACGGCACAAGUACGGCUGCCGCAUCAUUCAGCGGCUCUUGGAGUGCGGGCCAGCAGACCAGGUCAACGACUUGAUCGAUUGCCUUCUGCAAGACGCGAUCAACAUUUGUGCCCAUCCUUAUGGUAACUAUGUCAUUCAGAAUUUGCUUGACCAAAGUGGGAAGCUCCCAACCACAGGCACUCGGGAGCAGCGCCGCCGCUUGCUCCACUCCUUGAUGGACAAUGUGACGUUGGUAGGCAAUGAGAGCGACAAUGUCUACGUCUCUGCUGUGAUGGUGAAAAUCAUGUCAGUGGCGCAGAGGGAGGAGAAGGUGCAACUGGCGAGAUCACUCCUCAGAGUGCCAGGGCUUCUUCGGAAGAUGGGUACCACAAGGCAUGGACAUCAGGCAGCUAAGAAGGUUUUGAAGACCUUGACCGGCUCUGAGCAUGAGGAUGCGAGGUUUCAACUUUAUGGCCACGGCAGUGAAGCUACUGCCGAGUCCCGUCGCAAAGCUGCAAGCAUGCGCCGACAGGAGACCUGAGGGCCCCAAUUGACCAAUUAGGCCACGAGGAUUCGUGGACAAACACUUCGUACAGAAGGUAUCCCACGAAGUGGAUACUGCAAUUCACCGGCGCCUUUUUGCGCGGCAGGCGCUAGCUGCAGCCCAUCCGCUCGGACACGAAGAUUCCGGCGGGGCUUUAUUCGGGCGGUUUCGCUCGGCCGAAUUCUUUGGCCCUCUCGGUCUCUGGACAGGCAGCGACCGUCGCUUGGGGAGGUUUUCGCCUGUUUUCGGCCGACCGUUUUCGCGGGGUUGGGGCGAAACAUGUCCUGACCCAGUGGCACCAGCCAGGGUCAAAAACCUUGGAUUUGAGGUGGGA